CCACUAGCCAGCCAGCAGUCUCUCGCAGCUCUCAUCGAGUCACGUCGUUUUACAAUCAAUAUUUGCCUUAACUGCACGUAAACAUUUUACGACUGUUAAAAACUUUUACUGGAACGCAUCCCAGAUGAUUGAAAUACAUGUAUAUAAGAGUGAAGUGCCCUAUUUAUAAAUUUGAAUGUUAUAUUCGUAAUAUAAAGAUUCUAUGGCUUGACAAAAUAUCUUCCCGCGGUUUCGUAAACGUGAUUACAAGGUCGGCGAUUGCGUCGAGAUCUGAGACAUUUUGGCAAAGGUGCGGUAACGGUGUCUGUAGAGUCGAAGAACGGACGCGUAUGAGUGGAGAGCUAUCAUCGUCUUGAAGUUUUAGGUCUCGAGAGACUCGUGAGUGGCUUUCCAUGCUGAGAAUAUUAUGAUAGUGUUAUGGAUUAUCAAUGUGUCGUUGUCUACACGAUCAUCAAUAUUGAACCACCGAAAGUCGCUUCACAGGUUGAUUAUAGAGAUGGCUGCAUUGACUGGAUUAAAAAUAAAAUUAAAGGGGCGGUAGCAGUAUAUCUUCAAUCAUUGAAGCUUACUCCAAACAAUGGUUUUAUUCAUGGAAACUUGGCAUGCCUCUACUAUAGACAAGGUUUCAUAGAUCUUGCCAUAGAAACAUAUAGACGAGCAAUUGAAUUACAUCCUAACUUCCCAGAUGCCUACUGUAAUCUAGCUAAUGCUCUAAAAGAGAAGGGCCUCGUUAAAGAUGCAGAAGAUUGCUAUAAUAAAGCUUUGAAUUUAUGCCCAUCUCACGUUGAUUCAUUAAACAAUCUUGGUAAUGUUAAAAGAGAACAAGGUAAAAUUGAAGAAGCUACUAAAUUGUAUAUGAAAGCGUUAGAAGUAUAUCCUAAUUUUGCUGUGAGUCAUAAUAAUCUUGCGUCUCUGUUACAGCAGCAAGGCAAGCAUCAUGAAGCUUUAUUGCACUAUCAACAAGCCAUAAAUAAUCAACCAACAUUCGCAGAUGCCUAUAGUAAUAUGGGUAAUACAUUAAGAGAGCUACAAGAUGUUUCGGGUGCUCUUGUUUGCUUUAAGAAGGCUAUCGAAAUAAAUCCUUUAUUUGCUGAUGCGCACUGUAAUUUGGCAAGUAUAUAUAAAGAUAUGGGCAAUAUUAUUGAUGCUAUAUCAUCAUAUAAAGAUGCACUCUUGAUUCGAGCUGAUUUUCCUGAUGCCUUUUGUAACUUAGCCCAUUGCCUUCAAGUUGUUUGUGAUUGGGUUGGUUAUGAGCAACGUAUGAGUAAAAUUAUAUCUAUAAUAGAAAAUCAAUUGCAUAGCGAAAAAUUACCGUCCGUUCAUCCACAUCAUUCCAUUUUGUAUCCAUUUUCUAAUAAGACACGCAAAGAAAUUGCAACUCGUCACGCUAAUUUGUACCUUGAAAAAGUAAAUUCCCUAAAAGGAUUGAAUUUUAGACACUUCAAAGAAAAAUAUGAGCGUCUACGAGUGGGAUAUGUAAGUAGUGACUUUGGUAAUCACCCAACAUCACAUUUGAUGCAAUCGGUUCCAGGCUUACAUAAUCGUAUGAAGUUUGAAAUAUUUUGUUAUGCUUUAAAUCCAAGCGAUGAUUCAACAUUCCGGAGUAAAAUAAAUAAUGAUUCAGAACAUUUCGAAGACUUGUCUCUUAUUAAAUGUAAUGGUGAAGCAGCGGAAUUAAUUAAUAAUGAUGGAAUUCAAAUACUAGUUAAUAUGAACGGUUAUACUAAGGGUGCCAGAAAUGAAAUUUUUGCGUUACGUCCUGCACCCAUUCAAGUAAUGUGGUUAGGCUAUCCUAGUACGAGCGGAGCAACUUAUUUGGAUUAUAUUAUUUGUGAUCAAAUAUCGUGUCCAAUGGGUACUGAGAGAGACUUUAGUGAGAAAUUUGCUUAUAUGCCAUAUACGUAUUUUGUUGGAGACCACAAACAAAUGUUUCCGCAUUUGAAAAAAAAAUAUACACUGAGGACCAAUAAUGGUAAUAUUAAUGAAACUGCAGCAUUAAUUAACUGCAUACAUGAAUUAGAUGGUAUAUUUACCGUAACUGAAGAAGACAAGAAAAUCAUUUAUAAUAAUUGUGAACCGUUAAGUAUUAUUUCAAGAUACAUAGACAUUCCUGAGUGUGUUAUAAAAGCUCUGAAUGAUGAGAAACAGAUAGAGAUGGAGUUCAGAGAGACGCGUAUUUUAAACGGCCUUACAAUGAUGUGUUAUAAUGAAAAAAUAGCGUCUGGCGAGGAAAUAUGCGAUAGUGCAGUCUUAACAACAAGAGCACAAUACGGCCUGCCCGAUGAUGCUGUAAUCUAUUGUAAUUUUAACCAGCUUUACAAAACAGAUCCCGGAAUAAUGAAGGUGUGGGUGAAUAUUCUGCAACAAGUCCCGAACAGCAUAUUAUGGCUUCUAAAUUUCCCAACGGCUGGUGAACCGAAUAUACAUAAUUUUACACAAAGUUUAGGAUUACCAGCUGGUCGUAUUAUAUUUUCAAAGAUAGCGUGUAAGGAAGAGCAUGUUCGUCGAGGUCAGUUAGCCGAUAUAUGCCUAGAUACGCCGCUUUGUAACGGGCACACCACUACAAUGGAUAUUCUUUGGGCUGGAACACCUGUAGUCACACUUCCUGGGAAUACUUUGGCUUCGAGAGUUGCUGCAUCACAGCUUAUGUCAUUAAAUUGCCCCGAGUUAAUAGCAAGAGACAGAAAUCAAUACGAGGAAAUUGCAGUACAAUUAGGCUGUGACACACAAUAUCGUGAGUACAUUAGAGCUAAAGUAUCUAAUGCACGUUUAGAGAGUACACUUUUCGAUACUAAGCAGUACGUCCAGAGCUUGGAAUCCGUAUACGAGAAAAUGUGGGAACAGCACCAAACUGGGAGAAGUCAACAGCACAUAACAGCAUUUUCAUCAUACGUCCAUUAACAUUAUCAAUUAAUGUAAAGUAAUCAUCACCUUAUGAAAGAAUUAAAAAUAAUGACUAUGAAGAAAUAUUUUAUAUUUUAUAUUAUUGUGAUUGUGAAAAAAAAAUAUGAUAACAA